AUGAAGGGUACUUCAUUACUCUCCUUCAAAGCCUGGCCGAAGAUACAUCAGCCGCUGCCUCGGACGCCACGCGAAUCUCAGCAACUCCUCAACGCCCUCACUUCUUCCUUCCGACGUCAACUUGACCGCACCUAUCCGUCACCGAACACGACUGGGCAAACGAGCGAUCGCCCGCCAUUGAAUACCGAGUCGUCUGCACAUGCAACUGAUCAACAUCUGCACAGUAUUUUGGACAACCCAUUGUUUCGUAUAGUGCCCCAGAAGAUGCAGACCGUCGAUCGCGACCCAAACAGUACUCCUUCAACUCAACGUUCAGAAAAUGCAUCCGAGCUCCCGAUGGUUCUCUUCGACCAGGCAUUCGCUGCGGGAACCGCAACACCUGCUUUCAUAACCGACUGUUUGAAAUCCCAGCUGCUACUUGCGAGGUCAUCUGGAGAGAAAGAGUUACGGAACGCCAUGAAGAUCACCCGAGCUGGCUCUAAAGUCGCAAACUGGUUCUGGGCCUCUGACGGUGCCUCGAGACAAUCAUUGCUGCAUAACAGAGCUUCUACUGGCUCUUUGACCAAAUUCAUGGUUGCAGAAAGUCUUCAAGAUACGGUGUUGGAGUGGUUGAAGAUGCUGCUGACUGGCGAUCUCGGCGGAGUUGAUGGCAACAUGACACUGGACAGAGCUCGAGUGACUUUCAAUCAUUUGCUUCAGGAUCUUCUUGACGCCGAGAUUCGAUACGGUGCUGGUCUAAGCUCGGCUAUCACAUACUAUCUGCGUGCACGUCGCUUACAGAUCUUAUCUGGUGAACUUCAUGCGGAUCUGAAAGCUGCCAAGUCGCUGUUGCUCGCGCCAGGUGCUCAACUGGCCCGUACACUCGAGGAGCAGAAACCAUCACCGACUGAACUCCCCAUUCACAUAUUCAAUGAUUAUGCCGAGAUUAUCUCCGCCUUGUCAUCGUCACGGUCUCUGCUGUAUUCCUCGGUAACUCUCUGCCAUCCGACUCAUCCAGACCCAACCCCGUUCAUUCACUACGUGGACAGUCUAUCGCCCAAGAAAUUUCAAAAAUGGAGCGUUGUCCGUCAGGAUGCGUUUUUGCGGAUCAGCUGUGAUGCUCUCCGCUCCUUGAUUGACCGGAAGAAAAUUCGGGUUGCAACCAAUCUUGGACACCAGAUCCAAGAGUUGCUUCCGGAGGAGACCGCGGCUGCAAGCAUCGGGGCUUCUCGCUCUCGGGUCACCGAGGAGGAAGAUCAUCUUUUGCAGCGCUUGAACAUGAGCUGGGCAUGA